UUAAUACUGGCAUAAAUGCACGUCACCAACUCUCCAUGUGCCUGCACAUGCUUUCCAAUUCUAACCUCUCAUGUUGCUCAUCAAUCAAAUAAUGCAAUUGCCAAUGCCAUUAUCAUUAACAAAACAAAACCAGAAACCCACCAAGAAACAUCCUAUUUAUUCUCUCUCUUCCUCUUCUUCUUCUUCUUCUGCAAAUCACCAGUUAUGAACCUGUCUGGAACCACAACUGUUACCAGAACAGUCUUGCUCUUCUUCUUCUGUGUGUUUCUAUGUUCUUGCAUUUUUGUGUACUAUGCUAAUAAUGAAAGUGCCACCAACUGGCCAGCCUUCUGUGCAUCCACUAUCUUGGUUGUCGGGCUCCUGUUGACGUCAACGUUGGUGGUUGUCGCCGCCCGUGCCACCGUGUUGGCAUGGAUCACAGUGCUGGUGCUGCUAGCCUUCGCAGGGAAGCGUCGCGGAGUGCUUGUUCAACAGGGGAGGAAAAUCACCACUGAUGUUGUAAUGUAUUUGUUUAAAGAUUGUGCUUGAAGAUGGCAUUCCUCAAAUUAUAUCAUUUUUGUAGUUUUUUUUUUU